AUGUCGGCGAAACAGAGGCCAUCCGUGCUGGUCACUGAUGCGAGAGAGAGGGCGGACCAGCGAAGGUCACCGAGGCGUCCUGGCACGUCGUCUGGUACCCCUGGCCGGACGCCGAUGCGGUUCAUGACCGUUGAUAACAUCCUGCAGCACGAUACUCAGAUUCCAUCAGGCCAGCCUCGCGGACCACCCCUACCAGCACAGAGGCCACAUACAUCCGGCGGGAUUCCUCCCAAUGCCCGACGAAUAUCAGCUGGUGGCCUGCCCAGCGCCCCAUCCCGCACUGGCAAACCAAUCCCCUCGCGAACGACCAAAAUUAGUGAAAAGCUGGUCCUAUUACCCGUCACCGACGAAAGGGAUGAAGAGGACGAGGAGUUGGAAGGAGAGGCAGCGGCCAAUCUGAGACUACAGGACGAGAAUGGACGGCCACUGAGGGACGAGGAACUGGAUGUGCUUCGCAAAAGGGGUGGCAUUCGCGGGAAGAGCUAUGCAGAACGCCUACCUAAAUUGCAGAGGACAGACAAAGUCAGCCGGCUGACGGCAUAUUGCACUGCCCAAGCAUUCAAAACAAAGGAGACGGCAGAGUUUUUGAAGAAGAAGCACGAAGCUAAGACUAAGCUCUACGACGACUGUCUUUACGCCAUCUAUGCUCUUCCGCUGAUGAAUGGGAUCGAAGGCUACAGAGUACGGAGCCGGCCAAUACUAAAGACACCUGGAACGGGGAAAACAGUUCUUGAUCUGGAAAUUGAGCGUAGCGAACAACGGGAUCACCACGAAGGCUACUUUGAUCACGACGCCUAUACAUCCGCCACCGAAGGUUCUGGCAAUGGCCAAGGAAGACCAUCUGCCUUUUCGGAUCGCCCUUUAUCGCCCGAUGAUGGCCUUUUGUCACCGCAGAGCUCAUAUCACCCUAUAGACGACGGUCUUUCCUCUCAGAUGAAUCGCCUUGCGCCCGAGGCAAAAAAUUUUGCAGAGAUGUUUGUCUAUUCGUAUGGAGUCGUUGUUUUCUGGAAUUUCACAGAGCAUCAAGAAAAGGACAUUCUCGCGGAUCUGACCUUUGCUGAUGCUGAAGACGGCGUCAACCUGCUCUCAAGACCUCUGGACCAAGGCGACUACGAGACUGAAGAGUUCCAUUUUGAAUAUAGCCCCGACGUGCAGCGGCCGCGAAUAUUUAACGACAUGAUCACGUUGCUACCCCGAUCAGACCAUAUGAUCAAGUUGACUAUCAGCCAUGCAAUUGCCCAGAGCACCAAGCUCUGCUUUUUUGAAGAGAGAAUGAUUGAGACGAUGCUUGAUGCGCAGCAUGUACCCAAGACUCUGGCUCUGACUGGAGAGCUGGGCAUGACGAGGACUGAGAUUGUCAAGAUUAUCGGUCGGCUUUUCAAAAGCCGCGUGGAUAUCAACCUUUCAUCAAAUAUCCUCGACGUGCCAAACUUCUUCUGGGACUCGGAGCCUACACUGCACCCCUUGUACGAGGCUAUCCGCGAGUACUUGGAGAUAGAUCUUCGCAUCAAGGUACUCAACGAGCGUUGUCGUGUAUUCUUGGACCUGGCAGAGAUUCUUUCCGACUCGGAUGCUGAUGCCAAGAUGAGCUACAUCACUUGGAUCAUUAUUGCACUCAUUGUUCUCAGCAUCCUCGUCACAGUCACUGAAGUUGGCCUUCGUUUUGUAAUGCUGGAGCGCAGCAAGCGCAGCGAUGACAAUAGCAGUAGCAACAGCACCAACUGCGCUGGAGCUGAUGUGACCUGGAGCCCCAACGGAAAGCCGGGGGAGGCUGUGCUCACGACACCACUGCUUGUAGCACCGCCACUGGUCGGCAUGUCAGUGCCGGUAGAUCGUGCUGGGGAGAAGAGACACGCGGCCCUAGCCCCAAGCGACCUCGAGAUCCUGGCCCGCGCGCUAGGCUUGGAGGGCGAUGCUACUCUCGAGGAUGUUAGACGCGGCAUUUGGCACCUCAGACAAGAAAGUGCUUUAGGAUCACGGUACAGCGGCCAGAUGGAAGAUGUGGAUUGA